AUGAUUCUUGGACUAAUGAAUGCUAGCAAAGUAAUGCUGGUUGGGUUCUCUUCUUCAAGUUUUGAAUCCAUGCAACAAAGAAUUGUGAGCAAUUCGGAACGAUGCAUGUUCAAAAAUCAAAGUACAAAAAUGUCGACAUCAAACCCUUCUGCUAAACUAACGUCAUCCUCUCUCAAUGAUCUUCAAUCCCGAUUGGCAAAACUUCAACAAAACAUUUCGCAGAAAUUAAGUAAAACAAGUGCUGCAGCCCUCUCUACAACUUCCUCUUCGCUAGAUCAUGGGGUCCCACAACAACCGACGACUUCUGUUGCUUCCUCCACUUCAUCAAGCCAAACAAAAUCCAAAAGCCUCCAUCCUCGGGAGAAAGCGUAA